GCUAUUUGAUUGGAAUGGGAUGGAUUGGAUUGGUUCUUGCGCGUUCGAUUCCGCUGUGUUUUCUAGAUUGUGCGGUAAAAACAAUGGAUCUUUUGGACUUCAUGUUCCUGAAACCAAUUCGAGCUUCUGCUCUUAGUUUCCAGUUCGAAAUCUCAAAUCAGAUUCUCUGCAGAGUGUUGUCUUCAUACGCGUUCCUCGCGUGCUGUUCGAUCCUUGUCGCCCAAUGUUUUAGUUGUUACAGGCUGCGAGUGUUCAUAGUUUUGAUGGAUUCUUGUCGUUGCAUUUAAGUUUGGUUUUCUAGCUGGAAAUCCCCGUCGAGGAAUCCGGACUGAAGGUAAGUCUAGUAGGUAGGUGUUACAUGUUGUUUGUUUGCCAAAACUAAUCCCCUUUCUUGGAAACGUAGUUCGUCCGUGUUCCUUUCUCUCGUUGAAAAUCCUGCGUGAUACCAUGGCCCAAGUUGGAUCUCUUUUAUGAAUGCAUUACUGUGAUGUUUCCUACUUUCCUUGGAUCAUGGAUGAAUUGAUUGGUUCAUCCUGCCAGCCAUGUAAAAUUUCUUUUUGACUUGUUUUAAAGGUGUCUAAUUUGGUAGUUUCUACGUUGAAACUUCCACUAUUCUGAAUCCGUGUUAUUAGCCCUCAAAUCUUUUUCUCUGAAUUGGAGUUGACUUCUCUGUUGAGUCCGUCUUUUUUACUGUAUAUGGAUGCAGCUGAUCGAGCUUUUUGUUGUUUAUUAGAUCUCGUGUGAUCCUUCCAGCUUGAAUUUCUCUCUAGUUUUUGUAUCAUGUGGGAUUUAUCUGCUAUAUCAAACUUUUCAGUUGUUGGUCGCAAUCAGAAGGUGAUAUUACACCACGGACUAAAUUUAGGAAUGUGUUAGGUGACAGAACAACGGAGGAAACUAUUUUUUUUUCAGAAGAAUGUGGAGGCAACCCUUUUUCGAUUUGGUUGGCUUGUUUUGUUGCGCCAUGAAUCGCUGCAUCAGGAUGACUUAUUUUCUCCAAUUAGAUCUUGCAUCCUCUCUAGCCAAGAGCGCCAGAUGUCUGACUACGUUGAAAAUCUUGUUUCUUCCAAUGAUUCUGACAGAGAAACAGUAGUGCUUGGUGUGAUCUAUUGGCACUCUCAUGGUUAAACUCUAGCAUUCUCCCUUGUAUCCCUGGCCUUCUUUUAAUUCUGUGUCUUUUGUCUUCAUUCAGAUGUCUGCACAAUACCGUGUUGUUUGUUACUUGGUAGUUGGUGCUUGCAUCCAUUGGAAUGCCUCCUGGGUAGAAUCAUGAAGCUAAAAAAUAGUGCAGUGGAGACUUUUAAGGAGAACAAUAUGAUUUUCACUUCUGAAGGAAAUUUCCACUCUAAAAAAAUGCGAGAAGACUAUGUUGCUAGUCCAAACCAAGCAGAUGUUCAGACAAGAUGCAAAUGGAUAAUUGGAGAUGUAACGGAGGUCUUGGAUCGCAACACAUGGAAGCUUGGAAAGAUCUUAAAGAUGCUGAAGAACAAUUACUUUGUUAUCAGGCUUGCUGAUUGCAUCCAACUGAAAGAGUUCCACAUAUCUAGCUUGAGAAUCCCACGUGGUCUGGAUGCUCCUCAAAGCAAGCCUUUUCAUGCAGCAGAUAAGGCCACCGGACGCAGUAAGCGCCAACCUGCUGAUGGCCCCUUGCCCGGCGCAAGAGCUGUGCAACAAUUGGGUCAUCGAACAACCUACGAUCUGGGGAGCAGUGGCAAGAAGCGGAAAACAGCUGAAGAUGCCUCUCGCCAUCCGAGAAGAGCAGCAGCACAUCCCCGAAACGUCGUCGCAGCCUCCAACCUGAACGGCGGCAUGACCGACAGCUACCUGCAGAGCGCUUCACAGGCCAUAGAAGACGUCGAAUGCUCGGUGGCCAGCUGCAGCGUGAAUGACCUGUACCGCCUAGGCAAUGGCGGCAAUGCUAAGCGGCGCCCCGCCGCGGCAGGGUGCCUCCCUGACGACGCCAUGUCCGCGUGUCCGUGCACGCCCGGGGCCAGGGAGGGGGACGAGGAGGAGGAGGCCGCGGCGGGCGUGCAUGGGCUGGAGCUGGAGGCGUACCGGUCGACGAUGCGGGCGCUGUACGCGUCGGGGCCACUGACGUGGGAGCAGGAGGCGCUGCUGACGAACCUGCGCCUGUCGCUCAACAUCUCCAACGAGGAGCAUCUGCUCCAGCUCAGGCGCCUACUGUCCUCGUGAUCGUUGGCACUUGGCAUUGUCAGCCACCCUUCUGGUCCCUGGCCUUCUCCGUCGUCUCCAGCGUCGUCGGCCAUGGCCAUGCACGUCGGCUUCGCCGGCCGAGCGCCGUCCUGUGCGGCGAGCCUCUUGCUUUUACUGUUCUUGCUAUUACAGUACAUGGUUCUCCACCGUCUUUGUCUAGUCCAGGUAGAAAGAAUCCUAUGUUUACCAGUGUCGACUCCGAUACGGAUGUAUACAGGGGACUCAGAGAGAGACGCCUGCAUCUUUGUCAUGCCUUGUGUAUCCUUGAUAUAUUCUUUGCUUGUAAAUGCAAACAUAUUUACAAGUUUUUCUUUGAGGGACCAUAUUUACAGGUUCUUAAUUUACUUGUGAUUUACUGUC